CGCAGCCCGGCGGCCCUGGAACCUCCCAGUCACUCCAGGUUGUGGACACACAUCUGAAGAUUUGGAGCUAGAAACUUCCUAUGAGAGAACAUGCAAUGUCUGUCUUUCUGCGUCCAGGUUACCUCACUCAAUAUGAUUUUUUGGAAGCAACCAUGUAUUCAUUGUUCCUGAAAGAGAAACUCAAAGAAGAGAAACAGUAAGAAAUGGCUGAUUCCCCAGUAAACAUGUCGCAGGAUCUGUUGACAUUCAGGGAUAUAGCUGUGGACUUUCCCCAAGAGGAGUGGGAAUGCCUGGACUCUGCUCAGAGGGCUUUGUACAUUGAUGUGAUGUUGGAGAAUUACAACAACCUGAUCUUUGUGGAGAACUAUUGCAAACGUGAUCCUGUCCAUCAACAUGUGAAGACUGAAAAGGAGUCUUGUCAGUGUACUGAGCAUGGCAAAGUGCUUCAUGACCCCUCCACAUGUGCACUUUAUAGAACAAGUGAAACCACAGAAAACUCUAAUAACUACAGGUGCAGUAAUCCCAGGGAUGCUGCUACUGACUCAUCAUACUUAAAUAGAGAUGAAAGCAUGCACACUGAAGAAGAACUUUGCAAAUCUAAAGACUGUGAGAAACCUUUAAAUUUGUGUUCCAACAUUACUCAAGAUCAGAGAUACUACACUGAAAAGAAGGAGCAUAGGCAGGGAGAAUAUGAUGACCAUUUUGCCUCUGCAUAUAGUCUUUUGCAACAAGCAAUUCGAGAGACACCACACCAAUGUGGAAAAUGCAGGAAAUGCUUCAGGACUGCCUCAUACCUCACUGAACAUGAGAGAAUUCAUACUGGAAUUAAACCCCACAAGUGCAAUGUUUGUGAAACAUCCUUUACCCAGCUUUCAAGUCUUGAUAUACAUCUAAGACUUCAUACUGGGGAGAAUCCUUACAGAUGCAAAGAAUGUGGAGAGUCAUUUCAUCACUUGUUAGCAUUUUAUAGCCAUCACAAAUUUCAUAGUGGAGACAAAACUUACAAAUAUAAGAAAUGUGACAAAUCCCUUGCCCAAUCUUCUACUCUCAAGAAACAUCAGAAAAUGCAUAUUACUGGGAGACAUUAUAUUUGUCAAGAAUGUGGCAAAGUCUCUCAUAGUUCUUCACACUUUAAAGAUCAUUCCAGAGUCCAUACUGGAGAGAAGCCUUUCAAAUGCAAUGAGUGUGGCAAAUCCUAUCCCCACUAUUCAUCAUUGAGUAGGCAUAGGAAAACUCAUUAUCCAGAGCAAUUAGACAAAUGUAAAGAAUGUGGUAAGUCCUUUCUUGAAUUAUCACAUCUUAAAACUCAUUACAGAAUCCAUACUGGUGAAAAGCCUUUCAAAUGUAAAGUAUGUAACAAAUCCUUUACCCACCACUCAACCCUUAAAAAACACCAGAGUGUUCACACUGGGGAGAAGCCUUACAAAUGUAAGGAAUGUGACAAGUCUUAUACUAGAUACUCAUCUCUUAGAGCACAUCAGAAAAUUCAUACUGUAGAGAAACCUCACAAAUGCAAAGACUGUGACAUUUCCUUUAUCAAUCUUAAAAGUCUUACAAAACACCAGGGAGUUCAUACUGGAGAGAGACCUUACAGAUGUGAGGAAUGUGACAAUUCCUUUACCAGUUGCACAGAUCUUAGAAGACAUCAGAUAGUUCAUACUGGGGAGAAACCGUACAAAUGUAUGGAAUGUGACAAGUCCUUUACUCAGGAGUCAAAUCUUAGAAGACACCAGAGGGUUCAUACUGGAGAGAAACCUUACAGUUGUAAGGAAUGUGACAAAUCUUUUACUAGGUGCUCCCACCUCAGAGCACAUCAGAAAAUUCAUAAUGGAGAGAAACCAUACAAAUGUGAAGACUGACACAUCUUUUAUCCAGAUUUUGAGUUUUGGAAGACAUUAGAAAAUUCAUACUGGAGAGAAACAUACCAUUGUAAAUAAUACGACAUACCAUUUUGCAGUAUUCUCUGCUUACAAAUCAACAGUAUAGAACAUUGAAACAUAAAGAUCACAAACUUGUGAGAGUCUGUAAUGAAGAUUUAAAUUUUAAAAAUUAUCCUAAAGUUUAUAUUAAAAUACUGCAAAUAUAACAAUGGGAAACACUUUUUAUUUCUUUUAAUGUAUAUUAAUGCUUUGCCUGCAAAUGUGUCUGUGUACUACAUGUAUGUUUGGUGCACACAGGACAGAAGGGGCCAUCAGAUCCCCUGAAGCUGGAGUUAAAGACCAUUGUGAACUACCAUUCAUGUGGUGGGAACUGAACCUUGGUCUUCUCGAAGUAAAGUCUCUAGCCCCUGGUUUAAAAAAAUGUAAUAAACAAUUUAUCUUGUUCAACAUCCAAAAAUUUAUAAUAAUUCCAGGUGUAGUGGUGCACUCCUUUAUUUCCAGCACUCGAGAGCAGAGGCAGGAAUAUCUGUGAGUUGGAGGACAUCAUCAUCUAUAAGUAUGUUUACAACUUGAGUUACAACAAAAGUAUGUUACAACAAGAGUUCUGGUACAGCUAGGACUAUAUAAACUGUCAAAAAAUUUAUAAUAUAGUCAGAUUUAAAAAAAAAUAUGACAAAAACUUUAGUUUUCUCUCUAAUUGUGCUGUACAUCACAGAAUUCAUACUUCUGAGAAUCCAUAUAAAAGUCGAGAGUAUAUACUGUUUCUGUCCAUUGGAAAUUACACCUCCCCAAAUGCAUUGAAUUAGACAAACCCUUUAUAUAGUGCUGAAAUUGCAGUGAUAAAAUUCUUCAUUAAAGGAAAUACUGAUAAAAUCUUUUAUUCACCUUCAAAAUCUUCAUGUUAGAGUCAAACCAUACAAGUAGCAAGAAGGCAACUGACUGUGAAGAGAUAUGCUGUGAAUGUGACAUCACUGGAAUGCUGACAUACAACUUAGAAAUCCCCAAAGUCUAAGGAUAUGAUGACACACACCUUAAGUCCCAGCUUCUUGAGGCAGAGGAAGGUGUACCUGUUCUAGGCCAGCAUUGCCUACUUUGCAAAUUCCAAAUCAGCCAUGGCUACACAGGGAAACCCAAUCUGAAAAAUCCAAAACAAUAACAAAAAUAAAAAUCCCUGACAACAUGCAGGUAUUCAUUUUGAAGUCCUUAACAAAAAUAGGGAAGAAUUUACUUGAAACUAAUAAAAUGAUAUAGCUUCCAUUAACUACCAGUACACCUUCACUGAGGUAAAGGAAACACAUAGGACCCACCCUCCAUCAUGGUGAAAUGGUAAUUGCCCCAAUCUUACUGAGUUGCUUGUGCUUAGUUUUAGAACAGUUAAGAGUCUAUGCAUUACCAAGAUGCUACUAUAAGAGGAAACUUCUUUCACCAAUGUGGAGAGUAGUACAAAGUGAUCAUUUUAAACAUGAAUAUUUAGAUGGCAGAUAAUGCUCAUGAUCAUUAUCAUAGCAUCAAGAGGUUCUGCCCUACAACCUAUCGGUCAUAAGUCAUGUUUUUUGUUCUUGUAUUUUAUUGUUGUUUUUACCAUGGAGUCAAUUCCUCUCUGAUGCAGGCUUGAAAUCCAAUCAAGACAGCGUUUAUGUCCAUAAAUCUUGGUGCCAAUUUUGCACCAGUACACACGUCUUAACUAGCAGGGUGGUAUUUUAAGAUGCAUGGCCCAGGGGUAAGUAAUCACUUCUCUGCAAACAGCCUGCACAGGACCUUACAUUGCUACAAUAGCUGAUCAUCAGGGAGAGUUGCCUGGUACUUUCUACAUUGAUUUCUCUAUAUCUUGCAACCAAAGUGGUGUCUUCAGCUAUACCAUGUACUUAUGUUGGCCAAGCAAGAACACUGGUAAUAACUUGUUUUAUUUAGGGUGACAAUGGUUCACCCUUACCAGUAAGUCCUAGGCUGACAACCAGUACCUGGUACAAAGAGUAUGAUUAUAUAGCCCUGGUGUCUGGGAACAACAUUAAUUAUCUAAGUGGGAUACUCUUUUCAAAAUUUUUAAAAUCAUAUUUACUAUUAAUUUGUAAGAUGGGGAUUUCAUAAGGCUUCUUCACAAAUCAUUACUUUUGGUUGACCCACACACUCUUCAUACCUUCUCCCUGCCCCAUCCCCAAUUAAACAUUUAGCACACAUUAUCCAAUGCCCCAUUCUCUUAUAACAUGUGUUCCACUAUCGUCUCUUGCAAAAUGAUAGAUUCUCAUAUACCUUCUACACAGACAUCCCAUUUGAGUUGAUCUUUCAGCAGCCCCCUCUCCACUACAUAUUUGAACCAUCCUGCCCCCAAGAUUGCCACUCUCUAAUUUCAUAGCUCCUGUAUUCUACUAUCUAUCCUCUCUGCCUCCAUCUCCCCACUAAUGGUCUAUUUCUAGAUCCCUGGCUUCUACAUGUAGUCUUACUUGAGCACACAAAACCAAGUUUGUAGCUUAGACACACAGAUGUGAGAGAACAUGUGCUGUUUGACUUUUGUGGCCUAGGUGUCUGAACUCAUCAUAAUUUACAGUAAUCUACAUGUGCAUCUAGAGGUCAUGAUUUAAUUUUUAUUCAUACCUGACUAAUAUGCUUGGUUGUAUAGAAAACUAUGUUUUUCAUUUACCCAUGUUUCAAUCUUUGUUGAUUCCAAUUCCUAGAUACAGUGAGUAAAGCAUCAAUGAACUUGAUGGGCAAGUACUCAUUGGUAAAAUGGCAAGUCUUUGGAGUUCAUGCCCAAGAAUGGUUAUUGUGUAUCAGUUUCCUCUGAGAGUAAAUUCUUCCAUCUUGGAAGAAUUUCCUCAAAACACAAGGCAUGAAAAGAAAGGUAAAGAAGGGCUGGAGAGAUGGCU